AUGAAUUUCCUUCGCGUCCUCCUCCUUUUCUCUUGCGUCUUUCUCGCGGCCCUGCUCCCAGCCACGGCGGCACGUCCUGGCAGGUCGCUCAAGGGGGAGUCCAGUGACAUUCGCGCACCCGCCACGAGCGUCACCGUGCCCCCUGUGCUGCAGGCGGGAGGGGCUGAGAGCAAGCUCGAGGCGGGGAACAGCGCGAAGAACCGAGCCCAGAGCACGCCGAAGGAUGGCGCACCGGAGAAAACGGCGGAGAAGCCGGGUCAGGGCAAGGCAAAGGAGCAGAGUAUCCUGGAGCGCGUGAGCAGCGGGCUGAGGAGCAUCGGCGCCGCGAUCACGUCGGCGGCGAAGGGGGUAGCGGAGCGCGUGAGCACCAUGGCGGCCGCCGUCAGAAAGACGCUCGCUGGCUCUGCCAAACCACCUGCCGCCACUCCCGCGCCAGGCAAGGCACCUCCCGCUGCGCCGGGCGGCACUGGAGCGACCGCGGGCGAGCCUGCUGGUGACGUUGAUGCCGCCGCUGCAGGCGGAGGUGGUGCGGCUCCCCCUUCGAAGCCCGCACAGCCCGCACAUGGGGCGGGCAGGGAAGGCAUUCUGAGCCCUGUGGAUGGCGCAAGCGGGAACGGUGCAUCUUCCGAUUGA